GUCCGAUACAACUCAGCUACAACGCUCUCUGCCCUGCAACUUUAUGGAUAUGCGGUCUCCGUGGAUUCUUGUCCUCUUGCUCACCAGCACAACCGCAGAGUACCUAGUCCCAACCCCUCCUGGUAGAUACAAUGUCACCUUGACCACUGGGCCCCUGAUCGACUACGCCCGCGAUGACCCUUACGCCGCGGCGCCAACCCCUCGGGCAUUGAUGCUGUCCGUCUUUCAACCUUCUACGUGCGCAUCCACGGUGUCUGUUCCCGACAUGCCCAGCGAAGUUGCCGACUACCAGGGUCCAUUUCUCAAGCAGACCUUCAACAUCUCGGUCAACCUCUCACCCCUAUUGCUAGAGGCUCACCUGCCAGUGUGUCCGGACCCCCUCAAAGUUUCACGUUGCUCGCACCCGAGUGACAGCCCUAUCCUGCUCUUCUCCCCUGGCUACAGCAUCCCUCGCCUGUAUUACAACGUCCUCGCCUCAGCCAUCGCCAGCGAAGGUUUCACAGUGAUCACCAUCGAUCACCCCGGGGAUGCCAACAUCAUAAUCUAUCCCGAUGGCCACGCUGUUUACAACAACGCCAGCAUUCUAGACAGCCCAACCUGGGACACGUACACCCGCGCCGCUGACGCAUCCUUUGUCAUCGACCAGCUGAGCAACGCGACCGCCAUGGCCGAGCUGCUUCCCCAGCGCGGGCCGCGACCGUUUCCCACCGACCGCGUCGCCAUGCUGGGGCACUCCGCUGGCGGUGCUUCCGCUAUCAUCGCCGCCAGCCGGGACCCCCGCAUCCGCGGCGCCAUCAACUGGGACGGCACCAUCUUCGGAUCGCCGCCCCCGCCAGGGCUGUCCGAGCCCGUGGAAGUCAUGUCCCAACCGGUGCUAUUCCUGUCCCAUCAGGAUUAUGCCGGUCCCAGCUGGCUGUCGACGUGGCCGCGGCUGGAGGGGCCGAAGCUGCUCUUGUAUAUCGAGAACACGACGCACUACACCUUUUCAGACAUGCCCACGCUGCUCGAGGCGGCGGGGCAAGGCACGGCGCCAUUCGCGGAUUUGUUGGGCACGAUUGCGCCGACCAGGAUGGUGCGGAUCUUGACGACGUAUACGACCGCGUGGAUGAAUGCCGUGUUCACGGGCAAGGUGGGAGAGCCGCUUCUGGAAGGAGAGGAGCCGGGAAGGUUUCCGGAGGUGUCCGCCUUGAUGAGGGGGAACUUCUGAAGUGAUGAGAUGCCUCGCAAUGUGGGAGCAGGUUGCUACCUAUCUUCCACUGGCCACGGACUUAGCGGAUAAGGG